GCGUCCCAUCAAAACAGGAAGUUUUUAGAGUUUGCAGGCUAUUUAGCUAGCUUGCGAGGUACAUAAGGAAAUCGUUAUGGUUUAGCAAACGUUUUAAUUGUGUGGACAAGCUGUCAGUGUCACUGGAAGCAAAGGUUCUACCCUGCUGCAAUUCUAACCAGAGAGCACCGUAACAUGAAGUUAUGGAGGAGCGAAAGUUAAAGAGAAAGAGUCCCAGGACUUCCACCAACACAGCGGCUCCGACCGGAGGCUCUGGCCGAAAGAACAGUGCUUCCUCCGGGGGACGGCACGUCGGCCACAGUUACAAUAUGGGGACUCACUCCAGCCAAAAGAGCAAGAACAGGCGAGGAAUAAAGGAUAAAUCCAAGUAUCAGGUGGGUCUGGGUGGUAAGGCUAAUCAGAACCAGAGCCAGGCAGCACCUAUCAUCCAGCACUCCUUUUUGACCGAUGUUUCAGAUGUACAAGAGAUGGAGAAUGGCCUGCUUAGUCUCCUCAACGACUUCCACUCAGGGAAACUACAAGCAUUUGGCAAUGAGUGCUCCAUUGGCCAGAUGGAGCAUGUGAGAGAGAUGCAGGAGAAGCUGGCCCGUUUGCACUUUGACCUCUAUGGUGAGGUGGAUGAAAUGCCUGAGGACCAGAGGAAAAUGGCCUGUGACACCAACAUGGACAAGUUACUUCUUAAUCUUGAGGAGCUGAGUUCUUCUAUUCAGAAACUGAAUCUAGCUGACACCCAAGAGAUCCCGAGGACUGCCAGCAUGUGAUUUUCUCUUCGCUUUUUUUCUCAACCUCAUCUGACCCACUAUUUGUUUUAUGCAACCUAGAGAGGCCGCAACAGAUAAGAUGGAGAUUAAGAAAGCUUGUAAGCACUAUUUCUCUUAAGUAUUAUGGCAGAAAUGGCAACAAAGCUGUUCACCAGCGUUCCCUGUCUGUACAGGGGGAUGGAUGUAUUGUAAAAUGCCCUAAUAAGGAUGCGCCAACAGCCUUAUUUUUCACUGCUCACAGUAAACCAGCAGCGAGUACUAAAUUCAGUGGCUAAUAUGAAGUAGAAAAUAGCUCUAAUCGUAUCUUACUAAACAGCGAGAUGAAAAUAAUCAAAUUACUGAGCUAUGAUUGAAUUUCACCACCUCCUCUAUUAAUUUAGAUACAGUGUAUUAUCUUUUCUCUUGUUGUCAGAGUUAUAUAGAGAGAGGUUUAAGAUCUAUGAGAUCGUUAGCUACUGUCUUACCAACAUUACAGUAUAUUUUACAUAUUGGCAUUGGUAGAUCCCUAUCAUGGCCUGUUUAAAGUCAAGUUGUAGUCAGUUCAAUCAUUUUUCAAACAAUCUAGAUUUGUAAAACAUAACUAUAUAGACAUAUAGAACUUACCUGUAGUCCAACAGAUGAUGAAUUCACAGGUCCUUGAAAGAAUAUCCUCAGUGUUUGUUUAUGAACUGACUACAAACUUGCUCCUUUAGCAAGAUUUAUAUAAACUCACUGUGUUGCACUUUUUCGUAUCUAUUGUCACAGGUAAAUCAGUGUCCCAGAGCUAGACAUAUCAGAAUAUAGAUACAGAAAUAUGUUUAUACUUGUUUCUCAACGUAGAACUUUAAACACAAGCUUAGAUCUUACCUGUGAGAUGAUAAAAACCUAAAAAGUAUUUCCUGGUUUUAUUGAAUUAUGGUUAAAUUCAUUAAAUCAGCCAGAAAUAACAUUAAACACACAGUAGAUUCUGACCAUAGAAACUGAAAUUAAAAAAGAAGUAAGCAGCGACUCCAGUUUGUGAUUUUGCAUUUGAUUUCUUGCUACAUGUGAGUGGCCUGAUAUCACCUCCAACACAUUGUUCAGUGUUGAAUAUAUUUGCACAUAUCCAUGCAACAUGCAAAACACACUCAUGAUCACUGGUGUGUUGGUUUGACGCUGGAAAAUAUGGAAUAACCCAAAUGUUGACAUCACAGCCAUGCCUUAAUUUUUAAUUUAAUCCUUUUUGGCCUUAUUGUUUCUAACACAUUGAUUAUAUGUUGAGAUUCUGUGUUUAAGAUAAUAUAGUCAUCUGAUGUUGCUUUGGUUGUAAAUCCUACUUUAUUUUGUCACUUAUUUUAACCAGUGUUGCUGGGGGAUGCGGGAUUAUUUUGUGUUUUACUGUUUUAACUUUGGUGAUUUUAUUUUUAUUGACUUGGUAAUAAAUGUGUUGUCUGACUCUG